AUGCUCAGCGAAUACAAUAUUGCACACAACUGGCACUCCCUAAAUGUUGGUGGUGUUGAUAAUGAUGGGACUCCAAAAGGUUUGUCAUCAUUAGACCUGAUAGUGUUCAGCAAGUACACUGUGUUCCUGGAACACACCAUUUCCCAGAAGCUACUCUGUUGUAAUCUAAGACACCAGGAUGGAAGUGAAAGUUUGGGCAAAAGUAUGGUUCAGAGGCGUAAUGUGCUCCACAAGCUGGAUAUGUUCUUCUCUUUCACCAUAAAUAGUGCCUAUAUCAGUCAUAAGCACCAAGUUUUGAACGGGGAUAACCUCACAUUCUGCAGUGUGGAUAUCAGCAAAACCUCACAGUUUCAGCUGCAGCACCAGUUUUUGUUCUAUAAGGACGAUGAACUCAUCGGCAAUGUCACCUCGGAGAUGCAAGAGGCCAUGUUUGUCAUCCCUGCUGCCCGGAUUCUCAACACGGGGGUUUACAGAUGCACCGUGAUUGUCCCAUGAGAAGAAGAAAACCUCUUUAGGUAUAAAGUUCUCCACAAAGGAGUGCCGGCACCCACGUUGACGCUGAACAAGGAAGAUGUGAUGGAAGGCGGUCUGGUGACUGUCAAGUGUCAAGUCAAAGAAGAGACUCCACCGAUCUAUUUCACUAUCGAGAAAACUAGAUGUGACUUUUACUUCAAGCAAAAGAAAGAAAAGAAUGUCCGGGAUAAGAACUAUGUGCAAGUGGACUUCCCUAUAGAAGAAGGGGGACCAAAAUUUUUGCGUUUCCGCUGCCAAGCAAAGAUUUCUUCUGGGGCCUCGAGCGAGGUUUCACCAUUCACCGACAGCGCGAUAGUGACCGUCAGGGAAACCUUUUCCAAUCCCAAAUUCCAAAUAAGACCUACGGGAGUAAUCACAGAAGGACCACUUGAAAUUAAGUGCACCGUCCAGGUGACACACUUGCCUCGUGAGAGCCAUGAAAUUAUAAUCCAGAGAGACAAGGAGAUCCAAGCCCACAGAAGAGACAAUAAUGAAGCUAUUUAUUCUACUCAAGCUACAGUUGAAAAAAAUGGCAACUAUACCUGCAAAGUGGAAUCCAGUAGAAUAUCUAAAGUUAGCAGUAUAUUUGUCAAUAUAACGGAGUUGUUUUCCAGACCGGAGCUGCAGAGUUCUGCUUAUCAGCUGGAUGAAAAGGCAAACCUGAGUCUGUGGUGUCAAAUCCCAGGAUCCCCUUCAGCCAACUUCACCUUCCUCAAAAAUAAUGUUGCCAUAGGAGAGUUCCAGAACUUCACAAAGAUAGUCUCUGUCAAUGACAGUGGGACUUACUCAUGUACCGCAGAAAUCCGUGGUGUCAAGAAAGAGAGUAAACCCAUCCCGAUAUCUGUGUAUGCUAUGCUUUCUGCCCCAGAAAUUGAUUAUAACGGCUCAAAAUCUGAAGUGGUGUUGGGGCGGACUUUGGAGCUCAGUUGUUGGUCCAGAGAAGGAACACCACCGAUUUUUUACACCCUGUAUAAAGCAAAUAAAGUACUAGAGCGUAAAAAUAUCUCAUCACAUGCUCCUGCGCUGUUCCUGGACAACCCAAAUAAACCAGUAGAUUACAGAUGCAUUGCUCAAAAUCUCCAUAGCCAAGGUCGAAAAUCAAGUCCGGCAUUGAAAGUCAUGGUUAUUGCUCCAGUUGGAAAGGUCAACAUUACCAUUCUGCAAAAUGGAGAAGUGGAAUCUGGAAGAGAGAUUGUACUUAGAUGCUCCGUAGAUGAAGGGUCCUGGCCGAUCAACUUUGAAGUUUACAGGCACGGUCAAGUAGAGCCCCUUCACAAAGAAACCACAAAUCUUACCCACAUUGUUUGGCACACACUAGCAACAAGCCAAGACGAUGCAGGACAGUACUACUGUAUGGCCUACAACAGAGCCAAUUCCAACCAAAAAGUUCCCAGGAGUAGCUUGAUAACGGUGAAAGUCAUUCUUGCUCCAUGGAAGAAGGGACUUAUUGCGGUGGUUGUCAUUGGAAUAAUCAUCGCCAUCAUGGUUCUUGUGGCCAAGUGGUAUUUCAACAAGAAGGCUAAGGGUAAACAGAUACCAAUGGAGAUGUCCAGGCCCAAACCAGACCCGAACUACAGUAUUGACAAGAUGUCUUCAGAACACAUGGAAGAUGGUGUCGAAGGGAACUUCCAUUAUGGGCAUGUAGAAGAUAUGGGAAAUCAUGCAGUGAAACCAACAGAUGAAAAUAAAGGGCCUGACCACAUGAACGCUGAGGUGGAGUAUACUGAAGUUGAAGUGUCGAUGCCUGAUCCUCCCAGAGCUCCUGAAAAGAAGGCAGCGGAGACAGUUUAUAGUGAAAUCAGAAAGGCUAAUUCUGAUUGUGGGGUAAACAGGCAUUCUAGAAUAGAAGGCUCUCUUGAUGCAACUUAAAAAACUGACCAUGGAAGAUAAUCCUGGAAAGAGACCCAUGAACCAAGAAGACCACAUAUUCCAAAAGCUCUGUAUCACCUGACUAUGAACCUACCUUUCCCCUGCGUCAAAUAGUGAUUUCCUCAGGCUGAGCUAUCGUUUUUUAAAAAAGAAUCUAUCUCUAAAUCAUUUGCACUUGGGAUAAACUCCUUGUAAAGAUCUUAGAGAAAUGGACGUCCAGUGUUCCGUUUAAUUCCGCACCCAGCUCCCCUCACCAACAGAUCUCGGUCCUGGGUCCUCUGGUUCCUGCAAUUUGGGAGAGUUUGAGCUGGUGCAGGAGGGUCACUGGUAACAGUCCAUUUUGGAAUAUUUUGAAACUUGAAUAUUUUGUUUGUACAGAGAUGCAGAACUUUGCAAAGUGCCUACCUAGAGAUCUAUUUCUUGUUUUAUGGUAAAAUUGUUUGUUUGAGUUAAUACGGCCAGGCUCGUGGACUGUGGGUUUUUUUGUUUGUUUUUUUUUAUUUUCCUUCUCACCUUCCAGAUGUCUGUCCAAUCUCAGCCCCUUUCAAUAUAUAAAUGGGAAAGUUGCUUCCUCAGACAACUUUGGGAGGUCUUGGAGUGGGAAAAGUGGGCAGUUGGAGACUGAAUCUUUUGAAAUGCUAAUUCGAAGUGUCUUGUUGUACAUGUCUGUAAUUGUCCUUCACACUGAGAAAAGACACCACUGGCAGUGAAAAGCACCCAUCAGGUGCAUGGGUGGCUGAAAAAUCCAAGGCAGAAUCCACAGUCCCGACCGUACCAUGAACCCGUAAAGAUUGCUGGACUGUCAGGUUUGUUGUUUGCAGGACCUGGCACUGUUUUCUCAUUGUCCAGGGCAAUCCUCCUUAGUAAUAUUAAAAAAAUGAAAUGAAAGAA